AAACUGAAAAUUCUCUCGGCCUAUUCUCCGUUCGCUUGUUGUAAACUGGUCACUUUUCUUGAAACAAGGCAGAGGUAUCUUGAUAGAAUCACACUGUGAAAUGGAUGAGGUCGUAGAACAAGUAGAAAAUGCAAAGAAAGAAUGGGAAGAAACAUACAACAAAGCCCAACAACACAUCAAUUCUAUACAUGAUUUUGGCAAAUCAAGAACUGAAAAGUCAUCUUCUUCAUUGCCCAGAUUGAAUGCUUUGGCUCAAGAUGAAUUGGGUUUGCUCAAUUCUUUGGUAUUCAAGCUUGAUCUUCUUGCCCCUCAACUCCCUUCUCAUCUUCAAGUUGAAUCUGCUCUUUCUUUGCUGAAAUCUUGGAAGGAUCAGAUCCAAAGACUGCGGUUGAAUCUGAGGAAUGCUAAUUUGCAAGCAAAAGAAAACAUGAGGAAAUCCGCCAAGGAAGAGAGGGAGCUGCUUUUAGGAGGUGGAGAAGAGUCCACGAUUCGCAGGCGUAAUUUACAGACAAAAGCUGGGAUGACAUCUGCAGCAGAAACAAUCACAGAUAGUCUUCGCCGUACUCGUCAGCUUAUGGUUCAGGAGGUUGAAAGAAGUGGAAGCACACUGAUGGCAUUUGAGGAGUCAACUGGGGUACUAAAAAAGGCAGAAAGUGAAUACAAGGGGCAUCGGUCAUUGCUAAUGCGGACCCGGAAUCUGCUGUCCACUAUGCAGCGGCAAGAUGUGCUUGACAGGGUGAUUCUUGCACUCGGAUUUCUCUUCUUUUCCCUGGCUGUCCUGUAUGUUGUUUCAAAACGUAUUGGGAUACUGAAGUUGCAAAGAACAGUUACUGCUGCCAUUAGAUCUGGUAUGGCUGGUCAGGCAAAUAUUUUACAGAGGCCUGGAGGAGAUGGAUUACAGCCCCCUCAUGUGCAUCGCAAUGCAGUUCCAGAUCCAGGGAUAGAAGUAGCAUUAGGGCAACCUAUGCACGAUGAACUUUGAACUCAUUCUGUGGAUGUAUAUUCUUACCUGUAGCCACCAGUAACCAGUUUAAUUAUAGGCUUUUGUCAGUAAUGGAAAAAUCCCCGACUGAUCCUGGUCUGGACAAUGAUGGAUAGCAUUGAUGUCUUUUUACUGUAAAGCUUCUCGGAAAUUAUUAACUUGAAUAUAUGAUUGGGGUUUGGGUCCUUGCUAAACCAUUGAUGCAAA